AUGGCGCGGGGCACGACGCGGGCGCCGCCGGCGCGCACGCGCAAGGCAGGUGCAGCUGCGAGCUCGGGCAAGAGUGCCAAGCGUGCGCGCAUUGCGCCGGUCGAUAGCGACGACGACGACGACGAGCGGGCGCGUGAUGCGCAGGACAUGGCGGCCGAUGGCGACGACCAACUCGCUGCGCUGCAAUUCCUCUCGCGCGCCACGCUGCCGGACGUGACGCAGGCCGGUGCACAGGCCAAGGAGAAGGAGCGCAUGCUCGCGGAGAAGCGCAGGCAGCGCGAGGCAUUGAAUGCACGGCGCCGGCCGGCCGAGCUGAGCGACAGCGACGCGAGCACGGACAUGGAGGGCGCGAGUGAGAGUGAGGACGAGGAGCUAGACGGCCGGGACGAGGAGCUGGACGACCUGGACGACCUGGACGACCUGGACGACCUGGACGAGGAGCUGGACGAGGAGCGCGACGACGACUACGAAGAGCGAUACCUACAUAUGGCCGCGCGGCGCGAGAGACGCGAGGCAGCGGCGCGCGAGAUGCGCGCUCAGCAGCCCUUGCCGAUCCGCACAGAGCGCGGCGUCGUCGAGGCGGUCUCCGACGACGACGCCCCGGCGCUCCACAGCCGCGCCGUGUUCUCCGACGACGACUAUGACGAGAGCGACGAAGCGCCCGAGGCGCCUGCGCCUUAUGUGCCCUCCUCGGCAGCACACUCACGGCGAUUCGGCCUCGCGCCGCCCUACGAGCUUGCGCGUGGUGCCCUCUCUCCGCAGGCGGCGCAGCGCACCCGCGCGCUGGGCGAGGCGCGCGAGCAGAUUGCGCACCUUGCGUCGCAGAUCGUGGGCGACCCCGAGAUGGGCACGGCCGCGCUGCAGCGCCUGCUCGUGUUUGCUCAGGCCAGGGUGGCGCCGCCGCCGGGCGAGGGAGGCUCGGCAGUGCAGCUAGCGCUGCUUUCGCUGCUGGCUGUAUGGGUGGACGUAAUUCCCGGCUACCGCAUCCGCGCGCUGUCGGAGCAGGAGCAAAAAGAGCGGGUGAGCCAGGAGGUCGCGCGCCGGCGCGACUGGGAGCAGAGUCUCGUGCGGUUCUACCGCGAGUAUCUCGAGUGCUGUGAGGCCGAGGUGCGCGACGCCUCCUCGCCCCUCUCGCGCGUGGCACUGCGCUGCUUUUGCACGCUGCUCGUGCGUGUGCCGCACUUCAACUUCCGCAAGAACCUGCUCGCCUCGGUGAUUUCACACCUCUCGCGCAAGUCGUGGACGCCGGCGAGCGAGCAGUGUGCCUCGUCGCUCGUCCAGCUGCUGCGGCAGGAUGCGGACGGCGAGAUUGCGCUCGAGCUCGUCCAGCUCCUGUACCGCAUGGUCCGCGAGCGCAAGUUUGCCGUGCACGCGAAUGUGCUCGAUGUGCUUGUGCACUUGAGGCUGCGCAGCGAGCUGAGCCGCGACGUAAAGAGCGGCCCCAUGGGCGCCGCGAGUGCGCGCCCGACGCCGCGCCGCGCCGACCCAAAGAAGGUGCGCCAGGGCCUCGCUGUCCACCGCAGCAAGAAGCAAGUCAAGAAGGACCGCGAGCUGCAGGCAAUCGAGCAGGAGAUGCGCGAGGCGGACGCCGCCCUCGACGUCGAGGCGCGCGAGCGCAACCAGUCCGAGACACUCAAGCUGCUCUUCGCGCUGUACUUCCGCGUCUUGAAGAGCGACGUGCCGCUGCCGCUCCUUGCGUCGGCGCUCGAAGGCCUCGUGCACUAUGCUCAUCACGUGAGUGUCGACUUCUUCCGCGACGUGGUCGGUGUGCUGCGCGGCCGGCUGGCGGACGCGCUGGAGGCGCGCACGUACCGCGCGGCGCUGCUGUGCAUGGUCGCUGCGUUAGCACUGCAGCACGGACAGGGCGGCGCGCUGGAGCUGGAUCUCGGCGACAUGUACGCGGCGCUGUACACGGUGCUCCUGCCGCUGAGCACGAGCGGGCAGCUGGAAGAGGGCGACGUGCCCCGGCGCGGCCAGGUCACGGGCCUGCGGCGCUGGAGCGAAGCGUCCCUGCUGUUUUACGCGAUGGACAUGGCGCUUGUGCAGGCGCCGCGCGCGACGCUCCAGGUGUCGCUGGAGCGCACGGCGGCGCUGGUGCGCCGCCUGUUGGGCGCGGCGCUGCACUGGCCCACGACCAGUGCGCUGCGGGCGCUGGAACUCGCGCAGGCCGUGCUGGUGCGUACGGCCACGAUCGAGGCGCGCUUCGAGGCCCUGCUGGACAACCGCGAUGCCGUGCAGGAUGGGCAGUACGACCCGUACGCUGCGCAGCCCGAGAGCGCGCGCGCCCUGGCCAGUGGCGAGCCGUGCUGGGAGCUGUGCCUGCUGAGUCGCACGCACGCCAAUGCGCAAGUGCGCGAAACUGCCACGGCGCUGCUUCUUGGGACUCGGAGACUGGACCGCUAG